AACUCUUUAUAAAGGGUGCCGUAUUAGUAAAUGUUACCUUGCAAUUCUCAGCAACCUAAAUGUGUUAGUAACCGUGUGAUGUGACUUUUACUUUUAUGGCUGCUCAUUUGCACCAAACCUUUAAACCAUUCAUUCUGUUUGCAUUAAAUCGGUCCUGUACCCUGUCAAAGGCAAGGCAAGAUAGAAGGGAAAAAAUGAAGGAAUAUAAAAAGAUGAAGUAGUGGAUGUUGAAGCGGAAAUAAUUCAAUUGGAAACAGGGAAAUAAUUGGAAAAGGAACAAGAUCCUUAAAGUUUAUUGAAACCACACAAGCAGUAAGAAACUGGUAGAAAUAGAGAAUUUUAAAAGCCGUAUUACGUUUGCACACAAACACUUACACACUCUGACCAGCUACAGAUGGGCUUAAUAACAGAGUAGGCCCUGCUCUGGCUUCUCAACAGAGAGAAAGACGGGGAAAGAGAAACGUUUAAGCUCUGAUGGCAAGAUACAAGUGAGAGUUGGAGGAGUACUGAAGACUGAGAGAGAGACAGUAAGCACAGGGAGGGGAACUGAUGUAUUUCCACUCACAAUGACAAAGCUCUGUGCAGAGAGUUGGACAUAAGGCUCAUUUCAGAUGUCUGUGAGCCAUGUUGCUGUGAUGGAGAGCUGCUGAUGACAGUACUGUGCAGCAGCAGAGCUAGACCCAGAAUAGAACAGAGAGAAACAGAAGAAGAAGAAGAAGAAGAAGAAGAAGAAGAAGAAGAAGAAGAAGAAGAAGAAGAAGAAGAAGGGGCACAGGAAGUAUCCUGGCUAUUUUUACUCCUGGUUGCUGCUGCUUUUCCAUGGCAUCUUUCUGGAAGGUCGGAUGUCUGUAUCCAGCUGGAUCUGGAAGCAGAGUUUCAUUUCACUCAUCUGAUUAUGACCUUCAAGACCUUCCGUCCGGCGGCCAUGCUGAUCGAACGCUCGUCUGAUUUUGGUCGCACCUGGCAGGUGUACCGCUACUUUUCCCACGACUGCGCCACUACCUUUCCAAGAAUCACCCAGGGUCCUUUGCUUAAUAUUAACGAUGUCAUCUGCGAGUCACGCUACUCUGACAUUGAGCCGUCAACGGAGGGAGAGGUCAUCUACAGAGUGUUGGAACCCGCCAUCAGGAUUGAGGAUCCAUACAGCCCAAACAUCCAGAACCAGCUAAAGAUCACUAACUUGAGAGUGAACUUCACCAAGCUUCACACACUGGGAGACAACUUGCUGGACCCCAGAGCUGAAAUCAAAGAAAAGUAUUAUUACGCUAUCUACGAGCUUGUCGUACGCGGAAACUGCUUCUGCUAUGGCCACGCCUCUGAGUGCGCCCCCAUCGAUGGCAGCAGUGAUGAUAUAGAAGGAAUGGUUCACGGCAGGUGUGUGUGUAAGCAUAAUAGCAAGGGUUUGAACUGUGAGGAAUGUGAUGACUUCUACAACGACCUGCCCUGGAAACCAGCUGAGGGACGCAACACCAACGCCUGCAAGAAGUGUAACUGUAACGGCCACUCGACCCUGUGCCACUUUGAUAUGGCGGUGUAUUUGGCGAUGGGAAACGUCAGCGGAGGAGUGUGUGACAACUGUCAGCACAACACCAUGGGACGCAACUGUGAGAUGUGCAAACCCUUCUACUAUCAAGACCCUAUCAGGGAUAUCAGGGACCCACGAGUCUGUGUCGCUUGUGACUGCGACCCAGAUGGUUCUCAGAAUGGAGGGAUGUGCGACAGCCACACAGACCCCUCCCUCGGCAUGGUGGGAGGUCAGUGCCGUUGCAAGGCCAAUGUGGAGGGGCCACGCUGCGACAAGUGUAAGACUGGCUUCUUCGGCCUGAGCACUGACAACCCUCAGGGCUGCCAACCUUGCCGGUGUGACCACAGGGGAACAGUGUCUGGUCGCUCCCAGUGUGACCCAGUCAGUGGAGACUGCUUCUGCAAGCGGCUUGUCACUGGACGCAGCUGUGACCAGUGUUUGCCAGAACACUGGGCUCUGAGCCACGACCUGAACGGAUGCAGAGGCUGCGAGUGUGAUAUCGGAGGAGCCCUGGACAAUCACUGCUCCAUGGAGAGCGGUCAAUGUCGCUGCCGCAGUCACAUGACAGGACGCCAGUGUACGCAGGUGGAGUCGAGAUAUUUCUUCAUGGCUCUGGAUCACUUCCUGUACGAGGCUGAGUUGGCCAAAAUGGGGCAGGGCUGUACAUUGGAGACCAGGGAGCACCAGCCGGGUCGGCCCGCCACAUGGACUGGCUUUGGGUUUGCUCGGGUACCUGAGGGUGGCACCCUGGAGUUCCUCAUCACUGACAUCCCCUACUCCAUGGAAUAUGACCUGCUGAUCCGCUAUGAGUCACAGAUGCCCCGAGACUGGGAGGAGGUGCGGAUAACGGUGAUCCGUCCUGGGCCGAUUCCUACCAGCAGCCCCUGUGGAAACACCAUCCCAGAUGAUGACAGACUCUCCGUCUCUCUGCCGGCCGGAGCCAGGUUUAUGGUCCCUCCUCAGGCUGUGUGUCUGGAGCGAGGUGUGACUUACUCCCUCCGCUUUGAGUUCAGACGUUAUCAUGACGCCAACAGUAUCCUCAACGGAGCGGCCAACGCUCUCCUCCUUGUGGAUUCUAUUGCCUUGAUGCCACGCCACUCCUCCUUGGAGAUGUUCAGUGCAGGGGAUCCAGCUUCCAACAACAGGAAGCAGACCUUUGAGCGCUACCGCUGCCACGAGGGGGCGAAGAGUGUGACCCGCCCUUUGAUGAGUGACACCUGUGCUAAGCUAAUCACCAGCAUGUCUGCCAUCAUAAAUGACGGGGCUCUGCCUUGUAAUUGUGAUCCUCAGGGGUCCAUCAGCUCCAUGUGUGAUGUCCGCGGGGGUCAAUGUCCCUGCAGGCCCAAUGUGAUUGGUCGACGCUGCGACCAGUGUGCUCCGGGAACUUACGGCUUUGGACCCUCAGGCUGCAUAGCCUGCGGGUGCAGCUUGGAAGGCGCUGUGACUCGACUUUGUGACAAGUUCACCGGUCAGUGCCAGUGCCGGCCCGGAGCGUUCGGUCAGCGCUGCGACGGUUGCCAGGCGGGUCACUGGGGCUUCCCCAGCUGCCGACCCUGCCAGUGUAACGGACACGCAGACAAGUGCGACCAGAGCACCGGAACCUGCAUCAGCUGCAGGGACAACACCGGAGGAGACAAGUGUGACAGGUGUGGCAAUGGUUACUAUGGUAACCCAGUUUUGGGAAAAGCAUCCAGUGUUCAGUGUCGCCCGUGUCCCUGUCCUGACGGCCCCAACAGUGGACGCAAUUUUGCUGCAUCUUGUUACCAGGACGACCGUAACAGACAAAUUAUCUGCAACUGUAACCAGGGUUACACAGGGAUUGUUAAACGCUCCGGGGCGACCAUUUUUAAGCGAGCCCGAUGUGAGGAAUGUGCCCCGGGUUACUAUGGCAACCCCUCUCAGCCCGGAGGGCGCUGCCAGCCGUGCCAGUGCAACAACAACAUAGACAUGUCAGACAUGGAGGCCUGCGACAGGCAGACCGGCGAAUGCAGGAAAUGCCUUUACAACGCUGAGGGCCAUAACUGUGGCAUCUGCAAGAGCGGCUAUUUCGGGGACGCUUCCCGACGCAACUGCAGGAAGUGCACAUGCAACUUCUUGGGUACUGACCGUGGCCAGUGUAUGGAGCGUGAGGACUGUGUGUGUCAGCGUGCCUCAGGGCAGUGCCAGUGUCUACCAAACGUCAUCGGUCUGACAUGUGACCACUGCGCCCCCAACCACUGGAACCUGGCCAGCGGGAAGGGCUGUAAAGCCUGCGGCUGUGAUCCCAACAACUCUGUCACUUCCUCAUGCAACGAGUUCACUGGGCAGUGUCAGUGUCGUGACGGCUUUGGUGGGAAGACGUGCACUGACUGUCAGGAGAACUACUGGGGAGACCCGAGGACACAGUGCAGAGCUUGUGACUGUGACUGGCGUGGCAUUGAGGCUUCUCAGUGUAACCGGGUGACCGGCCACUGUGUUUGCCAGCAGGGGGUGUCAGGUGUCCGCUGUGACCAGUGUGCUCGGGGCUUCUCUGGACAGUUCCCCAACUGUCAGCCCUGUCACCAGUGCUUCGGGGACUGGGAUCGCAUUGUGCAGGACCUGGCAGUGCGUACCAAGGCUCUGGCAGAGCGUGCCCACGAGAUUCAGACCACUGGGCUUACUGGGGCCUAUGAGAAGGCCUUCAGAGACCUGGAGGAGAAACUGGCACAAGCUCAGGGCAUUGUCAAUGCACGCAACACCACUGCUGCAGCCGUCGCUACCCUGAUGGAGCUUAUUGAAGAUCUUAGAGCGCAGAUCGGUGAGACCACUGACACCCUGAACCGUCUGGAAGGAGACCUGACCAUCGUCCAGGACAGCAACUCUGAGGCAAGCAAAGAGCUGAGUGCUCUGGAAAGAGAGGCGAAAGAACUAAACCUCACGUCAGAGCAGCUGCACCGCCAGCUGGAUAUCCUAAAAAACUCCAACUUCCUAGGUGCGUAUGACAGCAUCCGUAGCUCCUACAACAAGUCUCGUGAUGCAGAGCGGCGUGCCAAUGAGUCAACAACCACCAGGCCCAGCACAGUCAGCCAAUCUGCGGACACUCGCCGCCGCACCGAGCGCCUCAUCUCCGCCAAGAAGGACGACUUUAACCGUAAAAAUGCUGCCAACAAGCGUGCGCUUGGAGACCUCAACACCAGAGCACAGGGCCUGGACUUGAAGAAGAUCAAUGAGAAGGUCUGCGGCGCCCCGGGUGAUGCUCCCUGUGGGGAAAGUCCUUGUGGGGGUGCAGGUUGCCGUGACGAUGAAGGGAGCCGUCACUGUGGAGGCCUAAACUGUAACGGCGCUGUAGCAGUAGCUGACAAUGCCCUGGAGAGAGCCAAACACGCAGAGAAGGAGCUGAACAAAGCUAUGGGAGAUGUGGAGGGACUCUUUACCAAGGUGGCAGACGCCAAGACCAAGGCAGAGGAGGCCAAGGGUAAAGCCCAGGCAGCUCUGGACAAAGCCACCGCCACCAAGAACAAAGUGGAGCGCUCCAACAAUGACCUGAGAGACCUCAUCAAACAGAUCAGAGACUUCCUCACUCAGGAGGGUGCAGACCCAGACAGCAUUGAGGCAGUUGCGAACCAUGUGUUGGAGCUCUCCAUCCCUGCCUCGCCCCUCCAGAUCAGACACCUCGCGGAUGAAAUCAAGGAGCGUGUUCGCAGCCUUUCCAACGUGGACGCCAUCCUGCAGCAGACGCAGGACGACGUCCGCAAGGCAGAGCAACUGCUGCUGGACGCCAAGAGGGCAAGGCACAGCGCUGAGGGGGUGAAGACUACAGCAGAGACAGUGAAGCAGGCCCUGGUAGAUGCUAAGACUGCCCAGACGUCAGCAGAGAAGGCCAUAGCCAGAGCCAAAGCUGACAUUGGAGAGACUGAAGCCCGACUGGCACAGAUCGAGUCGGAGACAUCUAACAGUGAGAAGGACCUGAAUGAGGCCAUGGGCCGCCUGGGCACACUGGGGCGGGAGAUUAAUGCCCUGAAGACCAAACGUGCCAACAACAGCAUGGCAGCGGCCCGAGCCGAAGAGACAGCCACCAUGGCACGAGACAAGGCAAACGAAGCCAAGCAGAUUCUAGACGGCCAGCUGACAGAUAAAUACCAUGAGGUGCAGCAGCGGGUCGACACAAAGGCCAAGGCUGUACAGGACGCCAAGAAAAGGGCCGAGAGCCUCAGAGAUGAAGCGAAGGAACUAUUGAAAGAUGCUCAGAGCAAGCUCCAGAGGCUAGCAGAGAUGGAGAAAAACUAUGAUGAGAACCAGAAGAGGCUGGAGGGGAAAGCUCGUCAGCUGGACGGCUUGGAGGACAAGAUGAAAGCCAUCCUCAAUGACAUCAACAAACAAAUUCAGAUCUACAACACAUGCCAGUAAUUCACUACUGUCGAUGUCAUAGAAAACAGGUGAAUCAUCCUAUUGUUCUGCCAUUUUCUCCAAGUACAGUAACUGUACAAUAGACUUUGAAGAAACAAUUAAAGAAGAGGCCUAGGGUGCUAAUUUUACCACUCUGCAAUUUAAUUUGCAUAUUCUAUGUGCAAACUGUCUACGAAUAAGAAUUUGAAAACGGUCGCCAUCAUAUUUUCAUAUAUAUAUAUAUAUAUACACACCCAUAACUGAACAUGUCUGAUAUCACAUAUUUCAUUUUAAUUUGUGCACAUUAUUUUUGUCUUUGACUUUCAAAAUAAUCUGGAAAUGUAUCUGCAUUUAAAUUUGUGUUUUGAACUUUAAAAAAUGAAAGUUAUAUUUGGAAAGGUCAAUAAUACUUUGGGUGAAAGUAAUGCGCUGCAAACAAUCUGUAUUUGAUCCAUUAUUGUUUUUUUUCUACUUAGAGUGACUGUUGUAUAAUCAGCGGGUCAAUAUAAUUUUCUCCCCAUUUUUUCGAUGACUUCUCUUUUACUACUGGAAGUAUAUUCUGAGCUGUGCUCAUCGCAAGAGGAAGUCAUUUAAACUACAGUGGACGGUGUCUUCUUUCAGUAUCAAACACAACAACUUUUGGGUGCAUGAGGACAAAAAUUCUGAAUGAAAUCUGUUUAAAUUUAAUAUGACAAGGCUUUAAACAUUUUAAUAUUUUCAAAUAAGCCAAAAGUCAGAGACAAGCGUGUAGUCACAAGUUCCUUGUCCUGUGUAUUUUAUGUGCACACCUUUCAUAGACUGGAAAGAUGGGGUCACAGGGUUAUUGCAUUCAUAUGUAUUUUCAAUUUGGGAAUUUGUACCAACUGUGGUGCUAGGGAUGCAUUUUACACAUGAUAUGACAAUUUUUAUGUGAAAAUAAAAUAAACCGUUUGACUCUG